ACUGUCAGGUCGGUAGUUCGCGCUACGAAGCACAAAUUUGAGUGCGUGAUUUCAUAUGCCCCCUUCCCUAGCUAGUCCCCGCGCCUGAAUCCGUAGCAUGCCCAGCAUCAACGCACGCAUACGAGUGACCCCUGCCUGCGUCGCUAUGCGCAUCUACGCACUACAUUCUGAGGACAUCCACGCAUGUACCGAUGCGCGACCUCUAAACCCGCGCACAAUACUAUACUUCUUGCACGGAGAGCAGAUAAUUUUACGGGUGCCGAUGACAUUGUUGUUGGGACACCAAGAGCAACGACACAAAAUCUCGGACCGUCCUGCAGGCUGCAGGUGCAGGGCUCCUGGCUACAUUAAUUGUAGAUCUCAAGAAGAACCGCACUAUUGUUUCAGACCUGGAAAUGUUUUUGGUGAAUUUGAAAUUGGUCUCAUGGGCUUCUCAGCCCCUACAUAAACCCGCGCCAUACUCGUAGCAAGUCGUAUAUCAGCGUCUCAAGUGCAUCCCUGGGAUCAGAAGCUCACAUACUCCAAGCAAGCGAAAGCAAAUGGCUCCGAUCUCUCGCCGUAUGGUUGCCUCCGCCCUCUUCGUCCUUCUCCUACUCGCCGCCACAGGUGAUAAAGAGAUGGGGACGACGAGGGUGGCGGAGGCGAGACACAGGCACAGGCACUGCGAGUCUCAGAGCCACAGGUUCCGUGGAGCGUGCUGGAGUGACAGCAACUGCGCGCACGUCUGCAACACGGAGGGCUUCCCCUCGGGCAACUGCAAGUUCCACGGCUUCGAGAGCAAGUGCUUCUGCAAGAAACCAUGCUCCACAUGACCCAUCAGCUAGCCUAGUUAGCCGCGCACCGAGAACGCCGUCGAUCGUGUCUUUCAACUUUUUUCCCAUGUUCGUGUUUCUCUAUCGCUUCUCCCGUGUUCAUGUUCGUUUCUCCUUCGGGUGGUUUGUUUUGUAAGUUUUUUUUACAUGGUUUGUUUCUUAAGCUGUUUUGGUGGAGAAAUAAAAGUGAUCGUUGGUCA